AUGUCGAACUUAGACUUGAUUCUAGUGAUGUCAUCAAACAAUAACACUGAGCCUUCAGAAUUCAUCCUCAUUGGCUUCCCUGGACUGCAGAAGGAGCAAAAAUGGCUUUCGAUCCCUUUUUGUAUUUUGUUAUUAAUUGCAGUUUUUGGAAAUGUGACAGUGAUAUUUAUUAUCAGUAAGGAGAAUACUCUACAUAAACCUAUGUACAUUUUUAUUUCAUUUUUAGCAGUUAUAGAUCUUGUACCAACAAUUUCUCUGCUGCCCAAUCUAUUGCUGUUGGUAAUGUUUGAAUUAAAAAAUAUAAGUUUUACUAUGUGCUUUAUGCAAAUGUUUCUUAUUGGUUUCUCUGCAACUAUGGAAUCAUCUAUGUUGUUGUUAAUGGCUUAUGAUCGCUAUAUUGCAGUCUCCAACCCACUGAACUAUGCAAGUCUUAUAACAAAUUCUUUUGUGUGCAAAUGGAGCCUGAUACUAUGUUUUAGAAGUCUUCUUUUCUCUCUGCCAUUGCCUAUACUUGCUAGAAUUUUGUCAUACUGCAGUUAUAGAACCAUUUCAAACUGUUACUGCUCUUAUACCACUGUAACUAAAAUUGCAUGUAAUAAUUAUAUCAUAACAACUGCUUAUAGCUUUUUCCUGACUUUUGCAGUUGCAGCACCAGAUACAAUAUUAAUUAUUUUAUCCUAUUAUAGGAUUGCAAAAGCUGCAAUAAAUCUAAAGUCAGCUGAUGCAAUGCGCAAAGUGUUAAGUACAUGCAGUUCUCAUUUGUUUGUCAUUUUAUUUUUUUAUGCAACAGGUAUAUUAUCGGUAGUAGUAAAUUUAUUUGAAAAGAGUAUUCCUUUCUAUAUAAGUGUCUUGUCUUCUGUAUUGUAUAUUGUUAUACCACCAGCAAUAAACCCAGUGAUAUACAGUGUCAGAACCAAAGAAGUUAGAAUUGCUACAAUAAAGCACUUCAAAAAGAUUAUGAAGCUACCAAGUGGCAAAUACUGA